CUGAACUCUGGAAAUGCUGCAGCCCCAUCUCAGAUGAGACCAUGAGAGCCCACACCCGUGGGGCGCCCUCAGUCUUCUUCAUACUGUGGGCCCUGCUUGCUCCAGCUUCCCCGGCAGAAGUGGACCCCAGCGGGGGGAUUUCCUUCAUGGGAGGCAACUAUGAUGGUCAUCCCAUGCUGUACUUUGGUAGAGGCGACGUGGAGAAGCUGCAGUACGCCGCGGCGGGAAGUCACCGGGACAUGGCCCGGAGAAUCCGUGAGGCUGGGGAAGCCAUGCUGGAGCACCCAGAGGAGUACCUGCCCCCCUGGAGCCCCGUGGAGUUCAGCGCCCGCUGGAACGAGGUGUAUGGGAACAACCUGGGCGUGCUGUCCAUGUUCUGCCUGCUGUAUCCGCAUCGGGCCGGGGCCCUCCACCUGACCAAGGACUACAUGGAGAGGAUGGCGGCGCAGCCUAGUUGGUUGGUCAAGGACGCCCCGUGGGACGAGGUUCCCCUGGCUCACUCUCUGGUCGGCUUCGCCACGGCCUACGACUUCCUGCACGAGUACUUAAAUAAGGACCAACAGGAGCGCUUCCUGCAGGUCAUCGGCAAUGCUUCACGCGUCAUGUAUGAGAAGUCCUACGUUCGAGGGUGGGGGUUCCAAUACCUGCACAACCAUCAGCCCACCAACUGUGUGGCUCUGCUCACAGGAAGUCUGGUUUACAUGACCCAAGGUUACCUCCAGGAGGCAUACUUGUGGACCAAACAGGUUUUGUCCAUCAUGGAGAGGUCUAUGGUUCUGCUGCAGGACGUGACGGAUGGCUCGCUGUAUGAGGGCGUGGCCUAUGGCACCUACACCACCCGUUCUCUGUUCCAGUACAUGUUUCUGGUACAGCGCCACUUCGCCAUCGGCCACUUUAGCCAUCCCUGGCUGCUUCAACACUUCGCUUUCCUCUACAGGACCAUCCUCCCCGGCUUUCAGAGGACUGUGGCCAUCGCAGAUUCCAACUACAACUGGUUUUACGGUCCAGAGAGCCAGCUGGUCUUCUUGGACCGCUAUGUGUUGCGUAAUGGAAGUGGAAACUGGCUGGCAGAGCAGAUUCAUCAGAACAGAGUGGUGGAAGGGCCAGGUCAGCCGGGGAAAGGCCAGCGGUGGUGCACACUCCACACGGAGUUCAUCUGGUAUGAUCCAGACCUGAUCCCCAAACCUCCUUCAGACUACGGAGCUCCUCAGCUUCAUUACUUUGAGGACUGGGGCGUUGUUACCUACGGCAGUGCUUUACCUGCAGACUCCAACCACUCCUUUCUGUCCUUUAAAUCUGGAAAACUGGGAGGUCGUGCCAUUUUUAAUAUUGUUCACAAGAACAAGUACAAGGAGUGGAUCAAAGGUUGGAGGAACUUUAAUGCCGGUCAUGAGCAUCCUGACCAGAACAGUUUCACUUUUGCUCCCAACGGCGUCCCGUUCAUCACCGAGGCGCUGUACGGCCCCAAGUACUCUCUGCUGAACAAUGUUCUGUUGUUCAGCUCGGGCCUCUCGGGGAGCUGCUUCAGCCCUUGGGCUGGACAGGUCACAGAGGCCUGCAACUCCAAGUGGUUGAACUACAAGUUGGGCCUCGCCGCAGAUUCUCAGGGCAGCGUGGAAGCUGCCAUGAAAAGGAAAGGAAUGGUCUUCAUCCGAGGUGAGGGACGUUCAGCGUACGACCCAGAACUGAAGAUCAGGAACUUCCAAAGGAACUUGCUCCUGCUUCACCCACAGCUCCUGCUGUUGGUCGACCACAUCCACCUUGAGCCAGAGAGUCCGGCCAGAGCCGUGAGCGCCUUUUUCCACAACAGAGACCUGCCUUUUCACAGUGUGAAGGUGGAUGACGUUUAUGGAGCAUUUGUUUCCCACGGAGGGCUUAAAUAUAAGAUGUUUUGGAUGGAUGACACCAGCAGCAGCAGCAGAGGGGUGGUAGGCUACUGGAAUUACCCCCGGGGGUACCCCUAUAACGGCUCCAACUAUGUGAAUGUCACAAUGCCAUUACGGUACCCACACACAAGGAUGGCCUACAUUUUCUUUGGACCUGACAUGGAUGUACAGAGUUUCAGCCUACGCGGGGACAACCAGAGGGUGGAUGUUUACCUCACCACUAAGGAGCACACCUACACUAUCUACCUGCUGACUGGAGAGGGCAUUACUAAGCCUUUGUUUGCCAUGGUGCUGAUGGACCAAAAGAAGAUUGUAUUUGAAAGGUCAGCAGCAGAACCAGACACUUCACCCCAGGAAGUGGAGGAAUACGUCAACGUGGUGGAAGACAACCUCCAGCACGUCAAACCUGUCUUCCAGCAAAUGGAGAGGCACAUCCUCGGGCGGGUCCUCAACAGCGCCAGCUUCCGUAAAACUGCAGAGCGCCUCCUGCACUUUUCUGACAAGAGGAAGACAGAAGAGGUCAUCGAGAGGAUGUUUGCCAUGUCCAAGAAGCAAAGCAAAAGCAAGGGGGACAAAAAGAUGAGCUUUGGGGAGAAGCUGUCCGAGAACAUGCCGGAUAUUUUUGCGCAGGUUGAAGUGACUGAGAAGAAAGAGAGACAGAGGACUUCAAAGCGUGUGUAUGAAUACAGUCCUGAGGAAGGAGACGCAGACUCGCGCGCUUUCAUGGAUUAUGCAGACGGCCGCAGGAACAGAAAGGGGGGCUUUGUGAAGGGUCGCAGAUUCAAGGAGGUUCACGAGGCGGCCACAGCGGGGAGCGAGGGUCUGUCCAGCACAGCCUCUUACAUCAGGCUCUUCCUCCUGUUGAAUACCGCCACCUUCUUCCUGCUGCUGGCAGUCCUGCUGACCCGCUUCCAGAGGGGGCGCAGCCUGCACACACAGAGGUGCUUCUACACCAUCCUUCUGAUUGACUGCUUCAUCCUGCUGUACCUCUACUCCUCCUGCUCCCACACACAGUGCUAACACCUGACUGCACCUCGCCAUCACUCUGAGCGAGGCUUGAUGGAAGAGCAGCUGUUGAAAGACAGGACACGCAGCAAAAGCUGAAUCUUAAGAAAGUAAAAAGAAGCAUAAUCUUAUCAAGAACAUUUUUCAAUAAAAAAAUGAUCUUAGUUGAGCAAAACCUUCUAUGACUAGAAUUGUUUUAAAUAAAAAGACCAUGUUUCUUGCCCCAUUGGCAGAGGUUUUGCGUAUUUAAAGGGGUCAUACCAUGAUUUUAUGAAGUCUUUCACAGUAAUCUAUAUCCAUGUAAAUGAUCAUAUGUUACCUUUUGAACUGUAAAAAACUUCAUUAAAUAAGUUAUUUUUGUUAACAAUCUUUAUACCCGAAAGUAAAGCAACUCAACUCUGAGGCUCCGCCUUUCACUCCCUGAGCGUCCACUCACUUCCUGAUGUCCUCCUAGAGCCGGCAUGUCACCCAUGAAUAAAUGAGGGGAAAUUUUUAUUAUUUUUAUAAUAUUGAUGUAGGCCUACAGACAGUUCAGCUCAGAGGUUUUUCCCCAAAAUUUGGCACAGACGGAAUGGUGAUUUCUAAUGGGUUCAUUUUGUGGGAAAAUUCUGUGAAAAAAUACAGACAAAACAUUUCAGGAUUGAUUGAGAUGAUGACAUAUAAUAUCUGUAUCAAAAAGUCCACUUUGCUUUUAUGUGGAUCCAUUUACAUUUCUGCCUUUGCCUAAAUAAUCAACAUUUAAACCAGUUCUUUCAAUUCGUCGCUCACUUUCCACCAGGAAAUAGUCUGCUCCCUUUCUCCUGCCAUCUUCCCAGUAUCCCUGUCUUCUUGUGCCAUUCUCGGACACUUUUAGGACUCAUCUCAACAUGUGCAAAUUCCUCACCAGCCCAUAAGUUCCUAUGCCACCACACGAUGUUUGACCGUUAAAGAAUGAGAGUUUCUUGACCAUCUGUACAAACUUGCAACACAGACAGCCGACGUCUGCUGUGCAUGAGCCAGUGAUCACCACUAGCUCAAGACUCUUCCCCAAAGGGGCGGUCUCACUCUGUGAUGUCAGAUCAUGAGGACCUGCUCGUUUUCGUGGGUAUGGGAGGGGCUGCAGGUUUUUAGAGGAUUACUCAGAAAUGCGUUAACAGAUCAAAACACCGCUCUAGGGUUCUUUAUAGAGAAGAAGGAACGUUAUAAUGCACUUAAUAGCUCUAAAAGUAGAUGGUAUGGCUCCUUUAAAUAAAAUCCCCAAUGGGGUGCGAAUGUUUGACUUCUCACAAAGGGCCUGUUUUUGCCUGUUUUUGCAGUGUCCAUCCAUGAGGGUUGUUUUGAACAACAAGGAAGUGAAAGUAUUUAAAUUUAAAGACCAAGCUGCUUUUUUAUGUUUUAACCUCAAAUUUUUGGUUUGAAGAUGUCUGCAAAGAAAAAAGAUUUUUCUGUAAUAAUUAUGACAAAAGUCAAAUCAAAAGCAUGAAGUAUAGUGACUUUUUCCAAAGGUUAAGGGUUCUCAUCAAUCAUUAGACUGCAGCUGGUCUUUCAGUUUUAGAGUUUAUGAUCCUUAUUGUUUGAUGUAAAAAUUCACGUUUUGGCUCCAACCUGAGUUAUGACCAAAGAGCUGGUUAAGUCGCUUAUUCCAAUUUUCUGAGGAUGUCAUGCUUGUUUUUUUUGUCUUUUUGUUGAACAUCUGUCAGGACCAUUGAUUGUAUAUGAGAACUGGACUGAGUGACUCCUCCUCCCUGAUGCUCCAAACAGGACGUACCUGUUGGCUCUCCAGGAAGCCCAAAUCCCAUCCAUCCAUCCAUUUUCUUGACCGCUUCAUCCCUUUCGGGGUCGCGGGGGUGCCGGAGCCUAUCCCGGCUACUGAUGGGCGAAGGCGGGGUACACCCUGGACAGGUCGCCAGUCU